AGACCACCCCAAUCUUUUCUUCUGAUCUGGUCAUAUUAUAUUAGGUAACUUCUGAAAGAGAUGACAAAUAUUUGAUUGCAACAUCAGAGCAGCCGCUUUGUGCAUAUCAUAUAGAUGAAACGAUCCAGCCUACCCAGCUACCCCUUAGGUAUGCUGGAUAUUCAACUUGCUUUCAUAGAGAAGCUGGAUCUCAUGGUCGAGAUACUCUAGGACUAUUUCGAGUUCACCAAUUUGAGAAAGUAGAGUAGUUUUGCAUUACCUCCCUACAUGACAAUAAUUCAUGGGUCAUGCACGAGGAAAUGCUUAAGAACUCCGAGGAAUUUUACAAGGUGUUGAACAUUCCAUAUCAAAUUGUUUCCAUUGUAUCUGGUGCUUUAAAUGCUGCUGCUGCGAAGAAGUAUGAUCUUGAAGCAUGGUUUCCAGCUUCUCAAACUUACAGGGAGUUGGUAUCCUGUUCAAAUUGUACUGACUACCAGGCCAGAAAAUUAGAAAUUCGAUUUGGACAGAAAAAGAGCAAUGAUCCAGUGAAGAAAUACGUUCAUUUGUUGAACUCUACUCUCACAGCUACUGAGAGGACCAUGUGCUGCAUACUAGAGAACAACCAGAAGGAGGAUGGGGUAGAGAUACCAGAAGUCCUCAGGCCAUUCAUGGAUGGAAAGACUCUCCUGCCCUUCAAGAACAAACCGAAUAACGAAGCCAAAGGGAAGAAAUCGAAGGCUUAAUUGCAUUAUGUCAUAUUGUGUAACUCAUUAAUCUAUAAACCUUGUGUUUUAUUGGCUUUGUUUUAAACAUUGUGAAAGCUGGGUUUGUUUUAAACAUUGUGAAAGGUUUAGACCCCGCAUCGAACAUCCAGUUUUGCAUUAAA